GGAACAUUCACAACCGUCAGAGUGAAGGCAUCAGAGGGAACAAAAGCACAGGCACAUGGAGGACACAGAGAACGGUUCGGCUGCGGCAUCAGCAUAAUUGACAAUUUGUGCCUCAGGGCCGGGGAGGCGUGGCAGAUCAUGGCUCCACGGAUCCUCACGGAUCGCUCCCACGGCGGCUUCGAUGCAGGCUGGGCGGGGUUCGUCUGCGGACUCUGGGCUGCCAUGGCAUGCGAAUGGGUUGCAAAAUGGGUUGAACACGACGGAAUCGACGAGUCACAGACGAGAACGAAGAUGCGCAGGCUGCGCGGGUCCCGGAGCGGCGACGUUCGUCACUUGUGAGGCGGAGAAUUGGAGAACUCCCUGUGGCGCUUGCUUUGCUGAGGUGGAUGCGGGGAGGGAGGAGAUGAUGGGCCGUGAGCGAAGUAGCAGAGUAUCACGCAGCUGGCGGCGAACGACUGGCCCGUCGUCUGGGUGAAACGGGGAGUGGGCGUUCAUAUAGAGGACGGGAAAAGUCCCGGCUGAAAUGCGAAGAUGAGGGCGAGGCUUCUCUACACAGG